AUGAUGUUCAAGAUGCACGAUCAUCGAAUUCGACAACAAACAGCCUCCUUAAGAUCCAAUGUUGACGAAAAUGCAGUUGUUGAUGUACUAUGUAGGGCUGUAAUGGAAUCUAUCGAAAAACGUUUAUUAUCAAUCGAAGUAUGCUUAGCUAUCAUCGAACAAAAUCAAGUUGUCAUCCAACAAAAUGAGAUGGUCAUGAGAAAUGAUAUGAAUAAGCGUGAGCGUCAUUCGAGACAAUUUAAUUUGCGCAUUAUCGGGAUCCCUGAAAAUGAAGAACCAACGAAGGUAACAGUAACAUUAGCACAAACGGUAGGAUUAAGCAAUUUUCUAAAACAAGAUAUUGAAAUUUCAAAUAGAUUAGGUGCUAAAAACAAAGGAGAAAAUCGUGUUGUUAUUGCUCGCUUCCAUCCACGUGUCAAGCGUUGUGCACUGUUAGUAAAAAGAAAAGAUAUUAAACAAGCAACUAACAUUGUCGUAUAUGAAGAUUUAACAAGAAUUGAUAAACAAAUACUUGAUGAAAUUCGACGACGUCUGGAUGUAACUGAUAAGAAAUAUGCGCUUACAAGGAAUGGUCGAGUGAUGUAUAAGUACGAGGAAAACAAAGCGGCUUUCAUUAAUACAUUUGAAGAUAUUGAUUAUUAUGGUUUAUAG